CACCCAGCUCCAACCCGACACAGGCAGCGGAGGGGAGAGCCACUCAAACACCCACACAUACACGCCUCCUCCUUUGGGCUCCCAUGCAGAGAAGACCCCAGGGGACAAUACGCCAGCUGAGUCUCAAAAACAAGAAGCCAAGACUGUGCUAAUACCAUGGAGACCGAGCCGUGCAUUCCAAUGGAUGCACCGAGAGCCUCCAUGCCGGAUGAGUUGUGUCACCCUUAUUCCAAGUUCUCAGACUGGAAGUUUAAGCUCUUCCGGGUACGCUCCAUGGAGAAGGCCCCCCUGCCUAGCAAACCUCUACUGGAGAGGGAAGCACAGCUGGGGGUGGAUGUGGUGGGGAACGGCGAGGGCCUGCCUAGCAGCGUAAUGAAGCUCUGCCUCGGGGGGAAGAGCAAGGAGAAUGUGGAAGGGGCUGGCAGGCGGGUGGAUCUCAAGCUUCAGGAGAUCGAUACGCAUAUGAACCAUCUCAGGUCCUUAUGCCGCUUAUGCGGCAUGAUCCUGAGGAAAGCGAAAGGCCCGGAGCACGAGGUCCAGGGAAGCCUCGAUGAGUCCAGCAGGUGUGCCCUGCGCAGGAUGGGCUGCAAGGCUGCUACCUGGCCUGAGGUUAUCCUAAAGGUCUUCAAAGUGGACGUGGGUACAGACAUGGAGACCAUUCAACCUUCUCUGUUCUGUCAUCGAUGCUGGACUGUAGCUAUGAGAGGAGGGGGCUUCUGUAGCUUCUCCAGGACACGGGUGCCUGUGUGGAAGCCCCACUCGUCGCACUGCCUGCUCUGCUUCCCCAAGAGACUCCAACUUCAGCGUAGGGGAAGGAAAAGAAACAAAUCACUAUGGAGCACCCACUGCAUGCCCAAGAGGGCCAAGAGAGACCCAACAUCCGCAGGCGCCAACAGAGUGUGGAGACAGCCCACAGACUCCCCAGUGGCAGCUAGUUUGAGGGCAUGGGUGAUACCAGCUGCUCAGAGAACCCUGUGGGUGAAGAACAUCACUCGCUGUCAGAAGGACCACCUAAGCAGCAAGCUGCUCCCGGGUGAUCUCCCGAAAGACUUUGUGAAUGCUGUGACCUGCCAGGUGUGUGAUCACCUGCUCUCUGACCCAGUCCAGUUGCAGUGUCAGCAUCUCUUCUGUCGCAUCUGCGUGCAAAAGUUCAGCCGAGCUCUGGGUCCCCAGUGCCCGGCUUGUGGCCUCCUCUUCAACCCAUGUGACCUGACUGGCCCUGCCAAAGCCUUUCUUUCCAUCCUCCACUCCCUCCCUCUGCUCUGCCCGAGAGAAGGCUGUGGCGAGUGGGUCCGCUUCGACUCCUUCGGCGAUCACUGCCUGAAUCACUGCCUCGAGCCAGACGACGGGGACGAGCAGAACGGGAAGAAGCAGAACCUGGACGACUACCUGCCCGUCAACAAGGGCGGCCGCCCUCGGCAGCACCUGCUGUCGCUGACACGCAGGGCACAGAAGCACAGGUUAAGAGAGCUGAAGAAUCAAGUGAAGGCGUUUGCUGACAAGGAGGAGGGUGGGGAUGUGAAGUCCGUGUGUCUGACCCUGUUCCUGCUGGCCCUGAGAGCAGGGAAUGAGCACAGACAUGCUGAUGAGCUGGAGGCAAUGAUGCAGGGCAGGGGGCUUGGUCUGCACCCCGCUGUGUGUCUGGCCAUACGAGUCAACACCUUCCUCAGCUGCAGCCAGUAUCACAAGAUGUAUCGCACCGUCAAGGCCACCAGUGGCCGCCAGAUCUUUCAGCCCUUGCACACCCUACGUAGUGCCGAGAAAGAGAUUCUCCCUGGCUUCCAUCAAUUUGAGUGGCAGCCUGCUCUCAAAAAUGUGUCCAGCUCUUGGGACGUAGGCAUCAUUAAUGGGCUUUCUGGCUGGACGGCCUCUGUAGAGGACGUACCUGCUGACACCAUUUCUAGAAGAUUCCGCUAUGAUGUGGCACUUGUAUCUGCCCUGAAGGACUUGGAGGAGGACAUCAUGGAAGGACUGAAAGACAGAGGGCUGGAUGACAGUGCCUGCACUUCAGGAUUCAGGGUGGUGAUUAAGGAGUCCUGUGAUGGCAUGGGGGAUGUCAGCGAGAAGCAUGGAGGAGGUCCGUCUGUCCCAGAGAAGGUAGUUCGAUUCUCUUUCACAGUGAUGUCCAUCUCUAUUCAAGUAGAGGACGAGGACGAAGCAGUGACCAUCUUCCAGGAGCCAAAGCCCAAUUCAGAAAUGUCCUGCAGACCCCUGUGCCUUAUGUUUGUAGAUGAGUCCGAUCAUGAGAUGCUGACCACCGUCUUGGGUCCUGUGGUGGCAGAGCGUAAAGCCAUGACAAACAGUUGCCUCAUUCUGUCUAUAGGUGGUCUACUUCGUUCCUUUCAGUUUUACUUCAGGGGCACAGGCUAUGAUGAGAAGAUGGUGAGAGAAAUGGAAGGCCUAGAGGCCUCGGGCUCCACUUACAUCUGCACCCUGUGUGACUCUACACGAGCUGAAGCCUCCCAGAACAAGGUGCUACAUUCCGUCACCCGCAACCACAAUGAAAACCUCGAGCGUUACGAGAUCUGGAGGACCAACCCCUUUUCUGAGUCUGCAGAGGAGCUGCGCGAUCGGGUCAAAGGGGUCUCAGCCAAGCCCUUCAUGGAGACCCAUCCCACAUUAGAUGCCCUGCACUGUGACAUUGGCAAUGCUACCGAGUUCUACAAGAUCUUUCAAGAUGAGAUUGGGGAGGUGUACCUGAAGAAUAACCCGUCUCGAGAGGAGCGUCGUAGCUGGCGCUUGGCCCUUGACAAGCAGCUGAGGAAGAGGCUGAAGCUGAAGCCAGUGAUGAGGAUGAACGGGAACUAUGCACGGCGACUCAUGACCUGUGAAGCUGUGGAGGUGGUGUGCGAGCUUGUUCCUUCAGAGGAGCGUCGUGAGGCUCUGAAGGAACUGGUGGGGCUGUAUCUCCAGAUGAAGCCUGUGUGGCGCUCCUCCUGCCCGGCUCAGGAAUGCCCCGACCAGCUGUGCCGCUACAGCUACAAUUCCCAUCGCUUUGCCGACCUUCUCUCCACCACAUUCCAAUAUCGCUAUGAUGGAAAGAUUUCCAACUACCUCCACAAGACACUGGCCCAUGUGCCUGAGAUUGUGGAGCGGGAUGGCUCGAUCGGUGCCUGGGCAAGUGAGGGCAACGAGUCUGGGAACAAGCUCUUCCGCCGCUUCCGUAAAAUGAAUGCUAGGCAGUCCAAGACUUUUGAGCUUGAAGACAUACUGAAGCACCAUUGGCUGUACACAUCCAAGUACCUGCAGAAGUUCAUGGAGGCCCAUAGAAACUCGACAAAAGCACUGCAAGCUACAAUUAACCCUGAUGACAUCCCAGAAGAUGAUUCUGAUAUGACGUUUGAAGUUCCAGACUUUUGAAACAGUGGGCAUUUUUUUUUAAAUACUUUGACUUGAAUAUUCUUGGACAUUUCAUUGCUUUACUUUCUGUAACUGGAGCCUUGAUAUGGCACCUUUUACAAGCACUGAUAUUUUCUUUAGAUAAGCUACAACAUCACAUUGAAUUACUUUAUUAUAUACCUUUUUCGUCAAUGUCUGUAUGUAAAGUUGGAGUAAAUUUAUAGCACAGAUAAGUUUAGGAGGAAUUCGCUAUUCUUUGUCCUCAGGCUUUGCGGGAUAUUUUUUCCUUGGUUGCGGGUGAAAUAUGGGAUAGUUUAUUGUAUUUCUGCGUUAUGACACAUUCAUGAAUUUAUACAGAAGGAUUAUUUAUGGAACCAGAUGAAAGCACUGUAAGUCACUGAAGGGGAAUUGCUUUAAAAAAGCGUACGUUUAUGAUCGCUGUAUUAAUUUAUCAUAGAGGGCAGAAAGAAAAUGGAAUUAAGGAAACUCAAAUUGCCUCAGUUUCAGAAGAGCCAGCGAAGAGGAUUAUUUUAGUGUCAUAUUAUCAGGGACCUCUUGAAAAAUAGCAUUUGUGCAAAAAUGACUUUGAAUGACCCCCAUACUGUGUAUUUUCACAAUUGCACGUUCUAGGAGACAUACUAUUAUUCUACCUCCAUUUAAACAGUCUGAAGAUUUUGCACCAUGCUGAAAGUUAUUUCAGUAAUUUUGCACCAGAUAUGCUUAACAUUAUUCCACAAGAUGGUCCAUAGUUAUGUUUUGUCACAGUGCUAUUUUUCAUAGUUUAAGACGUUUAUGUUUAUUAUAUUUUGUUUUUUGUCAUCUGUUUUAGAGAGUAGGAGUUUAGUUGAUGAGUUAACUUACUUAGGUAUCUUACCUUAUUUACUGUAUAUAUCUGAAAGGUUACAUCAGUUCAAUAUGCAGUAUUAUGCACUGACUGAUAUUUUUAAUUGAUUACAUUGUUUCAAUAUGCAGCAUCAUGUAUUUUGUUGGUGCCUUUUAUUGAUUAUUUAUUGCCCAGCAUAAUGUCAGCAUGGAACCUACUAUUGUACACCAAUUUGAAUUUGUUAUAUUAUGGUAAUACACUGUUUACUGUUGGUGUUUAUGAUAUGCCAGUGCCUUAUUGCUGUGUGUUUUUUUUUGCAAAUUUGGGACAACUUUCUGUCACCCCUUAUAUACUUAUCAAUUUGGGCAUCGCUCUUUGUGUUAAAUGAUGGAAAUGUUUUGUGUAAAAUCUCAAGUCUGAUUUUAUGUUGGUUGUACCUGAGACUCUCAGGUACAUUUAUGAGGGCAUCAACAUUCCACGUGUCAUGAAGAAAACACUUUCUUGCACAAUUUAUGCUCCAAUGCAAUUUCAUUAUAGUUUGUUAAUUUGCACACAGACACUGUACAUGUUCUCUAACAAGUUUUCUUUCUUUUGAAAACAUGCAUAUGACUGUUUAAAUAUUAACUCAUUAUUCUUGCUUAUUAUGUCAGUAAUGUAUUUCAUACAUAUCAACUUUUGAGAAAAAUGUAACAUAUUUUUGGACAUAAUCCUAACAUGUAUUCUUGAUCAUUAAGUGUUUUUUUUCAUAAAAUAAAA